AUGAGCGAAAUUCAAAACUUUGAUAUACAAGUUGAACCAGAUAUUUCGAACGUUCUUCAAAAUACAUUCGAAUCUCAAGUUCCUGAUGAAAAUGAGGAAGUGAGUCAAAAGGAAUUUGUGACUUCUUUUAAUGACUUGGCCGUAUAUAACAUUGGAAAAAAGGUCUUGAUACGUGGUUUGGUUGCUCAUGUUACUGGGAUAAAGUUAUGUACGUCUAAAGUCAACUUCAAAUGUAUCGAAUGCCAAGAAAUUCAAACGCUGUGUUACAAUAAUGGAGGAAGGUAUUAUUUUCCAUCUAAAUGUAAAAUUCCCGGAUGUAAGAGUAAAAAGUUUACUCCUAUAAUGGAAUUUGGUGAAAACGACGAAGAUGCUUCUUUUACUGAUUUGA